AUGUCUUCCACUGGUAAAACACCUAGAAACUCCUGGCGAAAAUAUUUAGUAAUAAAGAAGGAUAAUGCCACAGCAAAAUGUAAAUACUGUCCAAAAGAGUUAAAAACAUGUAGUAAUACUACAAACUUGAAACAGCACAUUGAAAGGAAACAUUCUGAUAUCUUACAAGCUGACGAGGAUUUACUCUCCGAAAUUAAUAAUCGAUUUCAAAAUUUAGAAAAGAGCCGUACCUUAACUAUCUCUACAUUUUUAGAUCCAAGAUAUAAAUUAUAUUUCCGAAAUGCAACCGUAGCAGAAAAUACUAAACAUCACGUUGUGGGUUUAGUAACAUCUAUGAUCCAACAAACAGAAACUAAUCAACCUACAACUACAGGCUCUGAAGCACCACAAGAUGUCCAAGAAAAAAAAUCAAAUAAUGACAGUGUGUUACCACAAGACAUGGACCCUUUGACAUGGUGGCGAGCUAACCAAGGUGUUUACCCUAACUUAGCCAAACUGGCCAAAUUAAAAUUAAACGCAAUGGCCACCAGCGUUCCAUGUGAACGGUUAUUUUCCGUUGCCGGAAAUAUAUUGACAGAAAGAAGAUCGCAGUUUGGUAGUCGAAAAGCCCAGCAAUUAAUAUUCCUGCAGCAAAAUAAAAACCACUAA